CCGACGAGGGCGGCCGGAGAUCGUUAGUCCAGUCGGGUCUGGACGACGCACCAAGCUCUGGGGCCGGUCGCCCUGGCUCCGGCCUCUGCCACCGCCGGACCUCGGGGCCCUGGCGCUCCCGGUUUUUGAAGGACGGCCACCUGCUGCGCGCAGAGCCGUCGGGGAGGCCGUAACUGGAGCGCCCAGGCUGCGGGGGCGAGCGAAGGCAGCAGGCUCUCUGGAAAGCACAACAGUAAUGGAGUACAUGAGCACUGGAAGUGAUAAUAAAGAAGAAAUUGAUUUAUUACUUAAACAUUUGAAUGUGUCUGAUGUAAUAGACAUUAUGGAAAACCUUUACGCAAGUGAAGAGCCGGCGGUUUACGAACCCAGUCUAAUGACCAUGUGUCAAGACAGCAAUCAGAACGAGGAGCGUUCAGAGUCCCUGCUGCUCAGUGGCCAGGAGGUGCCUUGGUUGUCAUCAGUCAGAUAUGGAACUGUAGAGGAUUUGCUUGCUUUUGCGAACCAUAUAUCCAACACCGCGAAGCGUUUUUAUGGACACCGACGACAAGAAUCUGGAAUUUUAUUAAAUAUGGUAAUCACUCCCCAAAAUGGACGCUAUCAGAUAGACUCUGAUGUUCUCCUCAUCCCCUGGAAGCUGACCUACAGGAAUAUUGGCUCCGAUUUCAUUCCUCGGGGGGCCUUUGGGAAAGUGUACUUAGCACAAGAUAUAAAGACUAAGAAAAGAAUGGCAUGUAAACUGAUUCCAGUAGAUCAAUUUAAGCCAUCCGAUGUGGAAAUACAAGCUUGUUUUCGGCAUGAGAACAUCGCUGAGUUAUAUGGCGCGGUCCUCUGGGGUGAAACUGUCCAUCUCUUUAUGGAAGCAGGCGAGGGCGGGUCUGUUCUGGAGAAACUGGAGAGCUGUGGACCAAUGAGAGAAUUUGAAAUUAUUUGGGUGACAAAACAUGUCCUCAAGGGACUUGAUUUUCUACACUCAAAGAAAGUGAUUCACCAUGAUAUUAAACCUAGCAACAUUGUUUUUAUGUCCACAAAAGCUGUCUUGGUGGAUUUUGGCCUAAGUGUUCAAAUGACUGAAGACAUCUAUUUUCCUAAGGAUCUCCGCGGAACAGAGAUUUACAUGAGCCCAGAAGUGAUCCUGUGCAGGGGUCAUUCAACCAAAGCCGACAUCUACAGCCUGGGGGCCACGCUUAUCCACAUGCAGACGGGCACCCCGCCCUGGGUGAAGCGCUACCCUCGUUCAGCCUAUCCCUCCUACCUGUACAUAAUCCACAAACAGGCCCCUCCAUUAGAGGAUAUUGCCGAUGACUGCAGUCCUGGCAUGAGAGAGCUGAUAGAGGCUGCCCUGGAGAGGAACCCCAAUCACCGCCCCAGGGCCGCAGAUCUCCUGAAACAUGAGGCCCUGAACCCCCCCAGAGAGGACCAGCCACGCUGUCAGAGUCUGGACUCUGCCCUCUUUGAGCGGAAGAGGCUGCUGAGUCGGAAGGAGUUGGAACUUCCAGAGAACAUUGCAGAUUCUUCAUGCACAGGAAGCACUGACGAAUCUGAGAUGCUAAAGAGACAGCGUUCUCUCUACAUAGACCUCGGAGCCUUGGCUGGCUAUUUCAACCUUGUCCGGGGCCCCCCAACAUUAGAAUAUGGCUGACUGAUGACAUCGUUAGCUCCAAAUUAAGACGCCGCUUUUAUCUCCUGGAAGCUAGUUCUGCUGACUCUACACAGGGGCUCUGUCUAGUGCAUUGUACCACUUAAUAGCUGGCCCUGUGGGCUCCCAUGACUCAUGAAUGUGACUCCAUGUGGCUCCUGUGUGUUUGAUUUGUGGAGCUGCCCUGGUACCCACCAGGUAUAAAGGUUCUCAUUUCUCAGGUGAUGUGACUAAAGAGGAGGAAGUUAAGCAUGUCUGGAAGGAUCAUUUCUGGUGACUGAUUUCAUUCACUGUGCACUUUGCUCAAAAUUUUAAAAAUACCAAUUUUAAGAAUAAUAUAUUAUCCUAAAAUUACUAUUCUUGGUUCUAACUUAAGUAUGGGAAUUUCAUUUAACUCAGAAUAGUUGUUUUGUAUAUAUCGAUGUAUAUUAUAUGUUAACUCUCUGAGACUUCAUCAGUGGAUUCUAGUUUAAAUUAAAGUCAUUCUAUUUUGGGUGAAUAGAACAACUUGAAUACUGUAGCAAUAAGCUGAACUAGGGUCUUGAAAGUGGCUCACUGACUCGAGAGGAGCCCCUGUCAGCAGGCCACUAGCGAUGGUUCUGUUGUGUUCCUAUGGAAACAUUUUGUACUGUACAUGCUAUGCUUAAAACAUUUAAAACAUGAUGUUUUGAAUGUGGAUAACACUGUGUAAACCACAUAAUUUCUGUACAUCCCAAAGGAUGAGAAUGUGACCUUUAUGAAAAAUGGAAACUUUUGUCAAUUCUUAAUGAUGCUACUUUUGUACCUCCUAU